GACACUAGGAUCAUUUCGGUUUAUAAACGGCGCACGAACUUUUUAAUUUUUUGAAUCCGGUUUCGGUUCCGAAGUGUUUAGACAGUAUAAUAAAUUCAACUGUAUUGAUUUAAGUAUUAAGAAUCAUGGAUCUUACAGACGAAACGUUAGACAUAUUAUUUCGAAUGAUUUAGGGUUGCUAAUUAAAAAGCAGUGAUUUGAUCGUUAAACAAAUUAAUAUAAUGGCAUAGCGCAUGUAAAAUUCCUGUUUAUUAAAUAAAUAGUUGUGUUAGAUUAUGUGUGAAACCGAGGGAUCAAUCCUGUUGGACCAGGAGAUUGCGCACCGAUUGCAAAAUGAGCAUCCUGAGCAGUUCAACACUCUUGUUAGAAUGCACCUGUCGUUCGAACUCGAUUUGAAUACUGAUACUGAGAACGAUCCAGCAGUAAUUGAGAAAAUGAAAAACAAGAAAUGGAAAGGCUUUCAUAAAAAGGCUAAGUCAUGCGCUUCCACUAAAUCUACUUCACCGGAAGCGGUCAAAACUGUACUUACCAAACAGAACAUUCGUGAUGUGCAACAGCUGAUCCAAUUUCUCAUACAGGAUAAAAAUGUAACACAGGAAGGUAUUUUUCGAAAGACAGGUUCGCUCAGUCGACAAACCGAACUGAAGAACGCUUUAGUUCAAGGUAUUCCUAUAUGCCUCGAAAAUGGAGACUUCACAGCCCAUGAUUGUGCUAGCGUUCUGAAGAGUUUCCUAGCGGAUCUCUCUGAACCUCUACUGACAGAGUUGUACUAUUCGGCAUACUGUCAGGUGGCGGAAUUUUGCCAUUCCAAAGAUUGCGUUACAGUUCGCGAGGAUCGGUUGCUGAAUGCGAUUCAGCUUUUGUUUCUAUUACUGCCGAAGGAGAACAGUACACUACUGCAAUGCAUUAUCGACAUGCUGCACACCACUAUCCAGCACGAAGCAAUGAACAAAAUGUCUGCUGAUAAUCUAGCCACGUUGUUCACACCUCAUCUGAUAUGCCCCCGUAAGCUCUCUCCAGAAGGUCUGCACGCAACAGCCCAGCAGAUGUGCAGUAUUAUAAGUUUUAUGAUCAAAACGGGACCGAGAUUAUUUCAUAUUCCACCGAAGCUAGCGACAGACAUACGUGCAUUCUAUGCUGAGCGGAAACGUCGUAAGACGAUGUCACCAGAUCACAUACUGAACGAAUCGAUUACUUCGGAUUCGGUUGCCAAUACGGUUUACACAUUCGUGGAUCGUGAAAAAACCGCCGAAGCUCACAGUAUGAACUCGACCGACACCGCACUGGCACAACUGUAUGCGCACAUCCAAAGUCUCCCGGAAUCAUCUCGGAAGAAAAAACUGAUCAAACAGUUCAACCGGGAAAAUGGUCACGGAACGCCGUUACAAGUGUUAAUGUUAAGGGAAAAAAAUUCCGGAGGUUCGACUGCGAAGGCACCCAAAUCGAUUGGUGAUUCUAUCAAGAGACACAUCUUUCACAAAGGAAUGAUAUCGAAAACUCCGAAGCGGAACAGUCAAACUCCGGUGUGCUUCCAGACUCCAAACGGAGCAGUUUCUCACAUCCCGAAGCAACGGGUGCUAUUUCAGACACCAGUUUCCUCGGCAUCCAACUCUCCAAUGGUGCUAGCGAAGCGUUGUUCGACGAUCUCUAGCUCAUCAUCUUCGUCUUCUGAAACGGGACUUACCACAUCCCGGUCAUGUUCUUCUUCACCAAACCGAAGAAGUACCAGCAGCAGCACUUCUGCUGCAACCAUGCAAUCGAACCGACACGAAACAAAGCGAACCGUAGAAUUUGUCGAUAGUGAAGAGACGGACAUAAAAAGGACUCGAUUCGAAUCGGUAGAUGGGGAAGAGGAACCACUGCCUCCCGAAGACGACGAUGAUUUCGUUGAACAGGAAGGUGACGACAUCGGAGGCUGUGAUGACGAAGUUCAUGAAAACAUCAUACUAGAGGAAGGCAGAACGCUCAGUGACAACGAAGAAGAUCGAUAUUGUUCACCGAAUCUAAGUGACAGUAGAUCGAAAUAUAAAUCCGAACCCAAUUUGAGCACCAUAAUGACCGAACAACCAUCGGCACAAGCGGCCACUGGCAAAGAGAGAAAAAUUUCUUUUCUCAAGAAUAAACUAAUCAAAGGUGUUUCGAUGGGAAAUUUGCGGUUACCCUUUGGCCAGGAGAGCCGUACGGCCAAGAAAUCGUCGUCCUCAACGUCUCUGCUGAAAUGUUGCUUUGAAGAUAACCUCAAAAGUGCCAAAAAAUCUAUGGAAACCUGCUCCAUGUCCGGUUCAGUUGGUUCUGUUGUUUCUCCGGAUUGUCGUUUGAUGGCUUUAUCGACGAUUCUCGGUAAAACUGGUCAAACUAGACACGGACAGGAGGAGUACGAUUUGGUCAACAUGGUGAACGAAAACAACGCAAAUCUAGAUGCGAACGGUUGGAGUCACGGUUGUUUAACAAGCACUCCGGCGCUGAGCGGACGCGAAUCUAUGUCACCGAUCACCAAAUCCACCCAGCGGAUGCCGAAAUCAAUGCAGGAAUCUAUCAUGACACCAAGGUCUCGCAAACCGGUAAUGCUCCUGGCGGGCCUGAACGUGGGAGAGCAGCAACAGUCUUCGUACGCAAAUCAAAACAGCUUCUCCAGUCUACGUGAAGAAGAUGAAGAUGAUGCUGCCGAAAUAGCGAUUGCCACAUUCCAGACACAUGCCGGCGAGAACUCUACCCAGCCCGAUCCCUGUUCACGGACGGGAAGCCUUAGGACUAGGCAAUUGAACGAUACUGGAAUACCGGCGUUUCCAAGCGAACGGUCUGCAGUGGCCGAAUCUGGCUUAUCCAUGGUUGACGGUGCCGUCAAUGUAGGAAACAACGGCGCUGAUGAACAAUCAACUUCUCUAACCAGUACGUUUAGAGAUUAUUUGUUAAGCCGUAGUGUGAUGACCGACGAUAGCCCAGCGGAUUUGUCAUUCUCAAGUCAGCCUGACGACUACGACUCCAGUGCCGAGUUAGACCAUCUGAGUGAGUCAAAAAUGAGCGAAAGUCUACUGUUUUGUAUGAAUGGAAAUAAACCUACGGAGGGAAAUUACGACAAAAAUCUGGUCAAACUACGACAUCGUAAUGUACAUCAGGUUACUUCCGACCCAUCAUCUCGAGAAGAAAAUAUCUCCUCGAAUCAGUUCCCAAUAAGCAGUGGAACAGAAUUGGACGAAACAUCUCUUUAAAGAGCUGCGAUGCAUAACCGGAAAUUGGUUCAAUCAAUUUCACUUUAUCUUACAAUAUUGCAGUUAAUCAAACCAUCAAUAAACAUAUUUUUGUUGGAAAAAGAAAGUAGACCUAUAAUAAACCUUAGCGAUACAUCGAAA